AUGGCAGUAGUGACCUGGAGACUGUGGAAGCGAAGGAAUGAAGUGAUUUUUCAGAAUGAAUUUACCAGCCCUUUGUCGUUAAUGAAGCAAGUCAAUCAGAAACUCCAAGACCUUAAGCUGCUGCAACAUCCCACGCAAAUAAUUCCAGCCAUGCAGGAAGAAAGAGUAGAACCAUUACAGGUCUGGAAAGCGCCUCCUUACGGUUACUACAAAAUCAACUGGGACGCAGCAGUCGACCACAAGAACCAAAGAGUGGGUAUUGGAGUAAUUAUAAGGGACAGUGAUGGACAAGUAAUAGGCACAAUGAGAAAGAACAAGUUCCUUAAUCCAGACCCCCACCUAGCCGAGGCAUGCGCGGCUCUCCAUGCAGUAUUGCUGGGAUCUAACAUUGGCUUGCGAAAUAUUUUCCUUGAGGGGGAUGCUCUAAACGUGGUUAAUGCCAUCAACGGAGUAGGAGAACACUGGGGACAAGCCGGAAUGGUAAUUGUUGAUAUACAGGAAAUUCUCAACUGUUUUAAUUCCUGGUUUGUGGCUUACUCUCAGAGAUCGACGAAUCAGGUGGCACAUGUGUUAGCAAGAAAUGCCCUCAGCAUUGAAGGGGAACUUAUUGAACUGGAAGAAAUUCCGAGUUGUAUUAUUUCAAUGUUGCAGAAUCCUUUUUGA